AUGAGCCGAAAUAGAGCCGAAGUUGUUGACCUGACAACCAGAUCAUCCCGGCAAAGUCCUAUCUCUUUAUCCUCCUCCCCGCCAAACGCCUCAAACCACGCAUCCUCUUCCCGCCAUGAACAAUUGGCUACUGCUCGCGGUGUCAAACGUCGUCGCAACUGGAGCGACGAGCGUGGCGAUGCCGUCGCAUCCUCUUCGACUCUUUCCGAAAACGAGCCCAUCGAAACGAUUGAUAUGACGGACGACUCAGGCGCGGCUGCACUCGCCCGAACAGUGGCCAAACAGAGGGAGGAUGCCAUCAAAGCGCAAGCAUCAGCGGAGAGGGACUCAAAUCUCUCCGCUCUACUCGCUUACAAAUGUCCCAUUUGCAUGGAGACGCCUGUGGACGCAACGAGCACCUCAUGCGGGCUUCUGCUGACUCCUCAUGUUUAG